AUUGUAUUAUCUAUUUGAUUAUUUAAGAUAUCAUUGAAUCCUUUUUCAGCCAUUAAAAUUAAAAAGAUUGGAUAAGGUGAAAGCACACGUGGCACAAACCCAUUUCUCCCUGCAAACACCGAAGCACAGCACUCUCCAUUUCCUUACGGAAAAAAAAAACAAGAAAACCAUGUCGUCCCCAACACUACUAACCCCAACUUCCAAGCUUAAAUUGCUCCUCCCAGUCAUAGCCAAACCCAACUCCACCGUGCCACCGACGUACCCGACACCACCACCGGCUUUCGCGGCCGACGACGAGGAGUACGUGAAAGGGACCUCCGACGUCAUCAGCAAGGUACGGAGCACCAUCAACGUGGACAAGAACGACCCCAACGUGGCGACGGAGGUGGCCGAGCUCAGGGAUACGUCGAACAGUUGGGUGGCGAAGCACAGAAGGGAGAAAUCCUUGCUGGGGAGAGCUUCGUUCCGUUUGAGCGCUGUCUCCGUCCAUUAUAUUAGCUUCGGACCGAAGGCGCCGAUCCCGGCGAAGAGAAAGGCGAGGAUUCUCGAAGAGAUGGACACUGCUGAGAAAGCUUUGUCGCGAGGAAGAUGAAAAUACAAAAACCAGUACGGCUUAAGAUUUCGAGAUUUAAACGGCUAUAGUGUUUAAGUUUAUCGAGUUUGUAUUAAGAUUGGGUUACUGAAUCAUCAUGAGAAAAGGAAACUUUUAAUAUUAUUUUG